GUUAAGUGUCACUUAAGCUGCUAAUUCUUGACUGUGAAAACUGCUUUUUUCUGCGCAAUGCUCUUUAAGGAAAAACUUCUUCAGUCCAGUGAUUGGUGACUAAGGGAAGGAUGGAGCACAGGGAAUUGGGCGGGAUCUCGGCUCCUAAUAAUGCCUCCUUAUCCAAUCAAAAGCAUUUCCUAUUGAGACCCCCAAGAGUUCCCCCGGCCCUCGGCUCCAGCCAGGACUUUGGGCCUUUUCUUGUGUCCUGUUUGUUAAAGGCAUGCUGGCUACAGCAUUCAAGAGGGCCAUUCCUUAACAAAGGGAAAGAGAUAAAUGUAAAUAAGCUCACAUUUUCAGAAUGAGCGGUUUGCUGUGAGAAGCUGCGGCAGCCCAGAGUCUGCUACUUUGGACUGGACUAACCUUUCCCUGUAAAAAAAUAAUGGAUUAAAAUAUGCACUUCUAAAGUGCUACUUGCCCGUUUAUGUGUUUAUUAGCUAAUUGUCUACAGGCAUGAGCACACUCUCUCAUCUAGCACACUCUCUCUUGGGGACGAAAACAUUUCCUACCAGUCCCUAGUCUCAGAGUGGUGAACCCUGCAGCCAGCAGGCCUCCUGAAAAAAAUCCAUGGGUGACAGAAGAUUCAUUGACUUCCAAUUCCAAGAUUUAAAUUCAAGCCUCAGACCCAGGUUGGGCAAUGCUACUGCCAAUAAUACUUGCGUUGUUGAUGAUUCCUUCAAGUAUAAUCUGAAUGGUGCUGUCUACAGUGUUGUAUUCAUCCUGGGUCUGAUAACCAACAGUGCCUCUCUGUUUGUCUUCUGCUUCCGCAUGAAAAUGAGAAGUGAGACUGCUAUUUUCAUCAUGAAUCUGGCCCUCUCCGAUUUGCUCUUUGUCUGCACUCUACCUUUCAAAAUAUUUUACAAUUUCAACCGCCACUGGCCUUUUGGUGACACCCUCUGCAAGAUCUCUGGGACUGCAUUCCUCACCAACAUCUAUGGGAGUAUGCUCUUCCUCACCUGUAUUAGUGUGGAUCGUUUCCUGGCCAUUGUCUAUCCUUUCCGAUCUCGUACCAUUAGGACCAGGAGGAAUUCUGCCAUUGUAUGUGCUGGAGUCUGGAUCCUAGUCCUCAGUGGUGGUAUCUCAGCUUCUUUGUUUUCCACCACUAAUGUCAACAAUGCAACCACCACUUGCUUUGAGGGCUUCUCCAAACGUGUCUGGAAGACUUAUCUGUCCAAGAUCACCAUAUUUAUUGAAAUUGUUGGGUUUGUCAUUCCUCUGAUAUUGAAUGUCUCUUGUUCUUCUGUGGUGCUAAGAACUCUCCGCAAGCCUGCUACACUGUCUCAAAUUGGGACCAAUAAGAAAAAAGUGCUAAAGAUGAUCACAGUGCAUAUGGCAGUUUUUGUGGUAUGCUUCGUACCCUAUAACUCCGUUCUCUUUCUGUAUGCCCUGGUGCGCUCCCAAGCUAUUACCAAUUGCUUGUUAGAAAAAUUUGCAAAGAUCAUGUACCCAAUAACCUUGUGUCUUGCAACUUUGAACUGUUGCUUUGACCCUUUCAUCUAUUACUUUACCCUUGAGUCCUUUCAGAAGUCCUUCUACAUCAAUACCCAUAUCAAGAUGGAGUCCCUGUUUAAGACUGAAAUGCCUCUGACCACAAAGCCUUCCCUUCCAGCUAUUCAAGAGGAAGUUAGUGAUCAGACAACACAUAAUGGUGGUGAAUUAAUGCUAGAAUCUACCUUCUAGGUACAAGAACUGUCUUUAGGUCCAGAUAUGGUUUCUCCUAUGCUAUGAAUAGGAGAAAAGAUUUGAAGCUAAUGAUACUGAGAAUAGAUUAAUGUACUGAAUACAGUCAGAUACAUUUAUUUGAAUGUUUAUUGUACUUAUGCUGUUUUGUUCAAUAAUUAUAGGUCAGGUCUAAUUACAACCACCAAAACUCUUCUGCUGGGUUAGAGUUUUAUUGUAUCACAUUACAUAAGUGGCCAGUGGCCUUGACUUUAGUGAUAUGGAGAUUACUUUAAUACUUUAAAGAAUAUAUUUCCAUUCUGAUAAUAUUUGGUAGUUAGGUUGGGCCUAUAAAUAUAGAACAAAUUCAGGGAUUAUUUAAAAAAAAACCUUUUGUGUUACUACUGAUAUAAGCUAGUCUUUUUUAAACAUUUUUUGAAUUGUCAUUGAGUUUAUUUUAGCACAAGAACAUAUUUUAGCUUAACGUUAUUAAUAAAAAAUGUAUCAAAUUUAAAGGAACUGGCAAAAUUUAUUGUAUAUAUUUUGAAAGCACAAAAAAAAUUGUGUUUGCAUGAAUAUGGGUGAGAAGAAACAGAAAAUUCACUGGAUUUACACAUUUACAGUUACCAGCAGUGUCAGUUUUUAAAAAGUUUUUCCUUUUUCUACGCUACAUUAAGAUUUGCAUAUGAAACUUCAAAGCCAGAAAGCUGCUGAAUAUGUGCCCAAGACAGGUGCAAAAUGGAAAAUCACAUAAAACAACAAAUAUCCAUAAAAAACCCUAAGCAUCACCAACAGAUUUUUCUUAGAAUUUACAAUCAUCUUUCUUUCGAGAGGCUGAUUUCUAUAAAAUAUUCUCCAUGUAAAAUUUUGGAGCACAGUGCAGCCAGAAAGCUGCUGCAUUUGUGUCUAGGUCAGGAGCAAUGUGAAAAAAAUUAACAAUAAAAUAGUAAUAAAAAUAAAACUAUAAAACAAACAAAAAAUCUUUCUCAAAGCUUGCAUUAAUAAUUUUUUGGUGGGGAGAGAAGUAGAGAUCUGUACCUUUAAAUUACUUGUUCUUUCAUAUUAACUUUUGGAGCACAAUGUAGUAAGAGAUCUGCUGAAUUUGUGCCCAGGUUGGGAGCAUAUUGAAAAAAAUACAUAAACCAAACCAAAACAAGCAACAACAAACCAGAAAAACUACAAAACAACAAAAAAAAUUCUUUACACUUGCAUUAAUAUUUUAUUUAUUUUUUAAGGAUCCGUAAUUUUAAUAUGAUAUUUUGGAGUACAACAUAGGUAGAAAUCUGCUAAAUUUGUGCCCAGGUGAAGACCAAGUUGGAAAAAAUCCCUGUAAAACAAAAUAACCCCCUACAAAACAAAAGCACACAAAAAUUUAUAAAUUGUAUUGUUUUGAGCAUUUGUAAAACUUGCAAAAUACUAUAACUUUCAUAUGAUGCUUUGGAGCAAAAUGCAGCUAGGAAGCUGCUAAACUGGUGCCUAGUUCAGGAGCAGUUAAAGUCAAUAUUUAAAAAUGUACAAAAGAAAACAUUUGUUAUAACUCACUUAAACAAAAAAAAACAAAACAAAAAAAGUCCCUAAAAACUCUUACCAUUUAUUGGAUGAAGUGUAGAUUUAAUAAUGUUAAGACUUUUAAAUAAAAUAUGGCUUGAAAGGUGCUACAUUUGUGGUCAUGUCAGAAGCAAUGGAAAUAAAUACCCUCACAUACACACUACACACAUGCGCUCUACUCCACACACACGAGAACUGAAACACUGCAAAACAACAAAAAUAUUCUUAAAAUGCACAUUAAUCAAUUUAAAAAAUAUUUGGAUGAUGUGACAAUUUAAAAAUGCUAAGACUUUUUAAGUAAAACUUCCAGGAGCAGUGCUUCUUUUAAAUUGCUGAACUUGUGCCAGAGAGUGAUUAAAAAAAAUUUAAAACUCUAAAACAGUAAAAAAAAAAUCCCCCAAAUCUUAAAGCAACAAGCACAUUCUUAAAACUCUCAUUAACUUUUGUUUUUCUUUCUAGUGAUACAUAGUUUUAGAAAUACUAAGAUUUUAAAGUGAAAAUCUGCGAGCAUAGUAUAACUUUAAAAACGUCUAAAUCUGUGCCUUGGUUAAGACCUAAUUGGAAAAAAUUGCUAAAACAAUAGAACAAGAAUAAAAAUGAAUUAUCAAAAAUGGAAUUACUUUGUCCUUGUGAUCUGAAGUCCUAAAAAUAAUCGUGCAUUAUAUUGUCUUGUGGAAAAAAGUUACAGAUAGAAUAUACAUGGCAUUAAGUUCAGUUAGAUGGAAUUAGGUUAUGUUAAGAUAGGCUAAGUUCAUUUGUUAGGUUAUGUUGUAAGAUCAAAUUAGUAAUCAAAGUAUGAAUGAUCUUUUUGUGUCUUUCAGUAUUUUUUCUUUUCCAUUUCUUGUUAGUAUAAACUAUAUGGGAACUUUUGUUUGUGCCCUUGGCUCUCAAAAUGAUGAAAUUUUAGGAGUAUGACACCAAACCAUUUAAUGUGAUGUAUUAACCAACUUGACAUAAGAUAUAUCAAUAAGCCAGUUUCCUUUUGUGUAAUUUCCAUAUUUAGUUUUGUUUAAUUUUCCAUAUUUCAGUUUAUUUUAAUUAAUUUCCAUUUUUUAUAGUUGAUAUAACUUGCUAAUAAUAAAAACUUUUGUCGUAUGAACAAUGUAACCAACAAGAUGUAAUGUACAACUAAAUGUAAAAUAGACUCAUUUUACAUUUAAAAGCAACAGCAAUCAUUCAGCUGUAAUUGCAACGUGGAUUUUAAAUGCUUAUUAAAUGUAAUAAAAUAUAUUUGGAUUAUCUAGCA